AUGGCAAAGCCAACUGCGCAGAAAGCGAAUGCCAGAGCCACCCCUCCAAAGGGAGGAGGCAGUACGAACUGGGUGCGGCUCGCUGGCCUUCCCGUAGUCCUGGGAGCCUUGAUACUUGCCAAUGUGGCUGGUGUACGAGACCGGCUCGGCCUCAGCAAGCCGCCAACCCCCACGGUGACUAUCAGACAAGGGACCAUCCUCGGCCGCAUGGUUGACGAUGGCACGUUUCCCGAGCCUCUCGAGGGUUUCAUGGGCAUCCCGUACGCUCUGCCGCCGGUCGACAACCUGAGGUUCCGGCCUGCUGUGCCUGUGCCGUCUAGUAACCAGACUUUCGAAGCGUAUUAUCUCGGGCCAAGGUGCCCCGGCAAGCAACUUGUGCCGUUCCUAGAUGAUGACGGUCUGGGCCCUGAUUAUGAAUCUGAAGACUGCCUGACUAUCAACAUCUGGCGGCCAAAGGGGCACUCACCGGAGAAGGGCAAACUGCCUGUUGCGGUCCUGAUCCCUGGUGGCGCGUUCAACCGGGGAGCCGCCAGGAUGCACAACACCCACAGCAUGCUGGCUCAUUCGCCCGAGCCGUUCAUCGGCGUCUCUAUGCAGUAUCGUAUCGGCGUGUUUGGCGGGUUGAAUACCGAGCUGACAGCCAAGGAGAAACUUCUGAAUCUCGGCCUGCGCGAUAUGUAUGCUGCACUGGAGUGGGUGCAAGAGAACAUCCCCGCGUUUGGCGGCAACGCCGAUGAUGUGACAAUCAUGGGCCUCAGCGCGGCGGCACACGGCAUCGGCCAUCUCAUCAUGGACGUCAACCAGCCCAAACGUCUCUUCCACAAGGCCAUCAUGGACAGUGGCGCACACACCGCGAGAGCAAUGCACCUGCCCUCCGCCGAGCUCAACAAGCAGCACUUCCGCGAGCUCCUGGACCUGACGCCGUGCGCCCACUUCGCCGACCUGCUAGACCCGGAGAUCCUGGCCUGCCUGCGCGCCCUGCCCUCCGACGUCGUCGACCGAGCCGGCAAGGAAGUCUUCGCCAGGUCGGACCCCUCGGUCCGCUGGGCGUGGCAGCCCGUCAUCGACGGGGACGUGAUCUCCCGCCGGCCCCUCGACGCCUGGAAGUCCGGCAAGUGGCAAAAGGUGCCCAUCCUCACCGGCUCCGCCCACAACGAGGGCUCGUUCUACGUGCCCAGGACGGCCAACGCGUCGUCCGCCUUCACCGACUUCUUCCGCACGCUGCUGCCGCACCUCUCGGGGGCCGACUACGACGAGCUAGAGCGGCUAUACCCGGACCCGGAGAAGGACCCGAGGUCGCCCUACGCCGACACGAGCGGCGACCGGGGCAUAGGGUCUCAGUACCGGCGCAUGGAGGCCGCCUACGGGCACUACGCCUACACCUGUCCCGUGCGGCAGACAGCCAUCUGGGGCACCUCGCACGCCAAGUCUGACCCGCCCGUCUUUCUGUACCACUGGGCGCUGAACAAGACUGCUCUGUUCGGUGCGAACCACGGCGACCAGAUGCGGUACCAGACUUAUAACCCGGAGGUGCGCAAGAUCUCGCCGGCCCAGGACGAGGUCGCUGGCAAAUUCCACGCGUAUUGCGUGAGCUUCAUCACCAAGGCGGACCCGAACGCCAUGAAGGAUGGCAAGUUUGCCGACAGGCCCGAGUGGAAGCCUUUUGUCGGUGGCAAGGGCCUGACGAUGGUGCUUGGCGAGGGCAACGACGAGCGAGCGGGAGGGACAGGUAUUGGGGUUGCAGCGGCGCUCCAGGACUAUCGGUGGGCUGAGAAGGAGUGCAACUUUUGGUGGAGGAUAUCGGGGAAAUGGGAAGAGUGA